AUGAUGCUGAGGAGGCGAUACGGGCCUGGACCUCUGCGCGCGCAGUUCCUGCUGCUGCUGGUGGUGCUGGCCUGCGUCCUGCUGCUGGUGGCUGUGCUGCCCCCGGCCCCCCAGGACCUGCAGGAGGCCGCGACAGCCCGCACCUGCGGCCACAGCCCCGAGGCCGGGUACCGCCUGGACUUUGGGGAGUCCCAGGAAUGGCUGCUGGAGGACGAGGAUGAGGCACAGGAGUACGGGGCCCUGGAAGGGCUGCCUCCCCUCAUCUCACUGCGGGAGGACCAGCUUCUGGUGGCCGUGGCCUCGCCCAGGGCCAAGAGGGACCAGAGCCAGAGCCGGCUGGGCGGGAGUUACCAGCUCAUCAAGCAGCCAGCCAAGGGCCUGGGGGAGCAGCCCCCAGAGAGGAACUGGGGAGCUGAGGAGGAGGAUGAGGACGUCUCUGAAGAAGAUGAGUUCACCACCCUCAGCCUCGACCCCCGUGACCUCCAGGAGGCACCCAGUGCCCCCAUCCCCACGAGGAGGGCCCUGCCUGAGGCCCGGCACCCGCUGUGUCUGCAGCAGCACCCCGCGGCCAGCCUGCCCACAGCCAGCGUCGUCCUCGACAUCCACGGCGAGGCCUGGGCGGCCGUGCUGAGGACCGUGCACAGCAUCCUGGCCACGGCGCCCAGGGCCGUCCUGAAGGAGGUCGUGCUGGUGGAGAACCUCAGUCAGCGAGGACAGGUCAGGUCAGCUCUCAGUGGACACGUGGCCAGGCUGGAGGGCGUGAAGCUUCUCAGGAGCAACAGGAAGCUGGACGCCAUCCAGCGCCGGAUGCUGGGGGCCACCAGGGCCACAGGGGACGUGCUGGUCUUCAUGGACUCCCACUGCGAGUGCCACCCGGGUUGGCUGGAACCCCUCCUCAGCAGAAUAGCUGGUGACAGGAGGAGGGUGGUGUCCCCGGUCAUAGACGUGAUUGACUGGAAGACGCUCCGGUAUCACCCGUCCGAGGACCUGCAGCGGGGGGUGCUGGACUGGAGGCUGGACGUGCACUGGGAGCCUUUGCCGGGGCGUGAGCGAAGCGCCCUGCAGUCCCCCAUCAGCCCCAUCAGGAGCCCGGUGGUGCCAGGUGGGGUCGUGGCCGUGGACAGGCGUCACUUCCAGAACACUGGAGGCUUUGACCCUCACCUGUCACAGCAGGAUGGCGGGGACCUCGAGCUGUCUCUCAAGGCCUGGCUCUGUGGUGGCUCCGUCGAGAUCCUGCCCUGCUCCAGGGUGGGACUCCUCUACCAAAAUCAGGACCCCCGGCCUCCGCUGGACCAGGAAGCCACCCUGCGGGACAAGGUCCGCAUUGCUGAGACCUGGCUGGGGUCCUUCAAAGAAACCUUCUACAAACAUGUCCCUGAAGCCUUGUCCCUGAACCAGGCGGAGAGGCCAGACUGCGCAGAGCGCCUACAGCUACAGAGGAGCCUGGGCUGUCGGAUGUUCCCCUGGUUUCUGGCCAGCGUCUACCCCGAGCUGUACCCAUCUGAGCACAGGCCCAGGUUCUCUGGAAAGCUCCACAAUGCUGCCCUUGGCCUCUGCGCAGACUGUCAGGCCGAAGGGGACGUGCAGGGCUGUCCUGUCACCCUGGUUCCAUGUAGUGACAGCCGGAAGCAACAGCACCUGCACCACAUCAGCAGGAAGCAGAUCCACUUUGGCAGCCCUCAGCACCUAUGCUUCGAUGUCAGCGGCGAGCUGGUGACCCUUCAGAACUGCACCGAGGGAGAGGUCGGCCGGCAGCACUGGGACGUCCAGGAGAAUGGAAUGAUUGUGCACAUUCUUUCUGGGAGGUGCAUGGAAGCUGUGGUCCAGGAGAACAAUAGACACUUGUAUUUGCACCAGUGUGAUGGGAAAGCCAGCCAGCUGUGGCGGUAUGACCAAGUCUCUGCCGUGGGUGAGCGAUGA